CGGCGCCAACGUUGCUGACGCCAUCUUCGUCCGGGCCCCCUUCCGGCCCUGCCAUCACAGCAUCGUCGCCACCCUCGCCAGCAUCCUCGUCGUCCGGCCAAGUUAAAGAAGAGUCGAUUCGAGACGGCGAGCCGAGGGGGGCCCACUACCUCGGGGCCAACUGUGUGCUCUUUACUUACUUCAGCGGCGAUACGUCGUCGGUCGUGGACGAUCACUUCACCCGGGCCUUGAAUCAGACCAGCGGGUGUGAGCCAGCGGACAGUCAGACCAGAAGCAAGGCUUUGUCUCACAAGGGUGAGUCUUCUAACGACUGAAUCGAAUAUAGAUAAUAAUAUGUAUCAACCAUUGUUAAGAAGGGGUCGAAUUUGGGGUUUAAGUAAAAUUUUUUGGGGAAACAAAAAGGGGGGUGGGGGGGGGGGGGGUGCUGAGUGAAUACAUUAAACGUUCAUUGAUUCACUUCAGCCAAGUCAGUGGUAAUUCUUUGAUAUGAGAAAUAUAGAGACUUGGUUAAGAUGGUAAUUCUUUGAUAUGAGAAAUAUAGAGACUUGGUUAAGAUGGUAAUUCUUUGAUAUGAGAAAUAUAGAGACUUGGUUAUGAUGGUAAUUCUUUGAUAUGAGAAAUAUGGAGACUUGGUUAAGACGGUAACUCUUUGAUAUGAGAAAUAUAGAGACUUGGUUAAGACGGCAACUCUUUGAUAUGAGAAAUAUAGAGACUUUGUUAAGACGGUAACUCUUUGAUAUGAGAAAUAUAGAGACUUGGUUAAGAUGGUAACUCUUUGAUAUGAGAAAUAUAGAGACUUGGUUAAGAUGGUAAUUCUUUGAUAUGAGAAAUAUAGAGACUUGGUUAAGAUGGUAACUCUUUGAUAUGAGAAAUAUAGAGACUUGGCUAAGACGGUAACUCUUUGAUAUGAGAAAUAUAGAGACUUGGUUAAGACGGUAACUCUUUGAUAUGAGAAGUAUAGAGACUUGGUUAAGACGGUAACUCUUUGAUAUGAGAAAUAUAGAGACUUGGUUAAGACGGUAACUCUUUGAUAUGAGAAGUAUAGAGACUUGGUUAAGAUGGUAACUCUUUGAUAUGAGAAAUAUAGAGACUUGGUUAAGACGGUAACUCUUUGAUAUGAGAAAUAUAGAGACUUGGUUAAGACGGUAACUCUUUGAUAUGAGAAGUAUAGAUACUUAGUUAAGACUGUAACUCUUUGAUAUGAGAAAUAUAGAGACUUGGUUAAGAUGGUAAUUCUUUGAUAUGAGAAAUAUAGAGACUUGAUUAAGAUGGUAACUCUUUGAUAUGAGAAAUAUAGAGACUUGGUUAAGACGGUAACUCUUUGAUAUGAGAAAUAUAGAGACUUGGUUAAGACGGUAACUCUUUGAUAUGAGAAGUAUAAAGAGCUAAUGAAUAGGGUCAUUUCAUUGAUAUGAGAAAUAUAAAGAGCUAAUGAAUAUGGUCAUUCUUUGAUAUGAGAAAUAUAGAGACGUAGUGAAUAUGGUUAUCGUCCAGCAGUAAGUGCUAGGGUACCGAAGAGUAAUAUUACAGUUGUAAAAAAAAAAAUGCAAGUGCUAUGCCGACAUCUAUAGAAAAUAAUUCGAUGGAGUAGAUGAAAGCCGAUUUAGGAUGAAACAAAAGCUUGGUAAUAGGUUUGAAUAUAGAGGUACACGUGAGUGGGCGUUCACUGCUUUUGAAGCACUAAGAAUCACCUUCUCGCAAUGAAACUAAUUUAUGGAAGAAUCAACGCUUUCAAAGUAAUAACGUUUGGCAUUUGUGUUAUGCAUUCUUUUUUUUUUUUUUUCCUCCAACAUCCGGGUAAGAACGUUAUUGGUGGUCAUCGUGAACAAAAAUAGUUGGUCGGUUUUUUCCCUCGCAGUCUCCCCUUGUUUCCAACAUUAUUUUUCCCAUAGCACUAAGAAUCACCUUCUCGCAAUGAAACUAAUUUAUGGAAGAAUCAACGCUUUCAAAGUAAUAACGUUUGGCAUUUGUGUUAUGCAUUCUUUUUUUUUUUUUUUUUUUCCUCCAACAUCCGGGUAAGAACGUUAUUGGUGGUCAUCGUGAACAAAAAUAGUUGGUCGGUUUUGUCCCUCGCAGUCUCCCCUUGUUUCCAACAUUAUUUUUCCCAUUAUUAUUCGUCAAUUUUUCCCCCCACCGACUUCUUUCUCUGAGUUACUUAGGACAGUCUGUGCAACAUUUCUUAUAUACUGCAUGUAUUUAUAAUAGGAUUGAACAAACUAAGGAUGAAAACAAAUAUGGGUCUGCUUAAAACGUGUAAGUAAUAAUUAAUUGAAUUCAUUCGAAUUUAACACCCUCCCCCCCCCCCCCCCCCCCGUUUUCUCCAAACCUCAUCCCCGAAAUGUUUUCUCAACAGUCAAAGGUCCUCAUAUUAUUUUUGGCACUGGUCCCCAAUGCUUCAAUGCAGCAUUGUGUUUUACAAACACUUUAGAAGUUGUAAACACAAAUAAUUCUUUGUUAGCCGCCUACCUGUACAUUUAACUGUGUGCGUGCCAGCCUACGGCCUACAGCCUACAGCCUACAGCCUACAGCCUACGGCCUACAGCCUACAGCCUACAGCCUACAGCCUACAGCCUACAGCCUACGGCCUACAGCCUAUCUCUGGCAUUACACGCACGUGCGUUUGUUGUAUCCCACGAGCUCAAAGGAUGACAGUUUCGGGGGUCGGCUGGCUAUUCCAGGCACCGACUUAGACGCUGUUGGCAGCGGCGUAUUCUUGCUGUUUCAGUAGUCUUGUUGUAUUUUGGUUCAGUAGUCUUGAUGUAUGUUGGUUCAGUAGUCUUAUUAUAUGUUGAUUCAGUAGUCUUGUUGUAUGUUUAUUCAGUAGUCUUGUUGUAUGUUGAUUCAGUAGUUUUGUUGUAUGUUGAUUCAGUAUUCUUGUUGUAUGUUGAUUCAGUAGUCUUUUUGUAUUUUGAUUCAGUAGUCUUGUUGUAUGUUGGUUCAGUAGUCUUGUUGUAUGUUUAUCAGUAGUCUUGUUGUAUGUUUGUUCAGUAGUCUUGUUGCAUGUUGGUUCAGUAGUCUUGUUGCAUGUUGGUUCAGUAGUCUUGUUGUAUGUUGGUUCAGUAGUCUUGUAUGUUUUCAGUAGUCUUGUUGUAUGUUGGUUCAGUAGUCUUUUUGUAUGUUUGUUCAGUAGUCUUGUUGUAUGUUUGUUCAGUAGUCUUGUUGUAUGUUGGUUCAGAAGUCGUGUUGUAUGUUUAUUCUGUAGUCUUGUUGUAUGUUUGUUCAGUAGUCUUGUUGUAUGGUUGUUCAGUAGUCUUGUUGUAUGUUUGUUCAGUAGUCUUGUUGUAUGUUUGUUCAGUAGUCUUGUUGUAUGUUGGUUCAGUAGUCUUGGUGUAUGUUUUUUCAAUAGUCUUGUUGUAUGUUGGUUCAGUAGUCUUUUUGUAUGUUUGUUCAGUAGUCUUGUUGUAUGUUUGUUCAGUAGUCUUGUUGUAUGUUUACUCAGUAGUUUUGUUGUUUGUUUUAGUAUACUGUUGUAGUAUGUCGAUUCGGUAGUGUUGUCAUAAUAUGUUGGUCUAGUAGUGCUGUUAUAUGUUGGUUCUAUAUUUUUGUUGUAUGAAUAGUGUUGUACGUUGGUUCAGUAGUAUUAUGGUAUGUUGGCUCAGUAGUAUUAUGGUAUGUUUUUUCAGUAGUAUUAUGGUAUGUUGGUACAGUAGUAUUGUUUUAUUUUUGGCUCAGGAGUAUUAUUAGAUGGUGGUUCAGUGUUAAUGUUGUAUGAGUUGUGUUAAGUAUGCAGUUAACUGCACCGUUGUUCCUACACUGGACUUGUCACAAGAGCUAGAACAACCUCCCAAGAUUUAGAGAAGAAAAGAACAAAGUACAAAAUAGCCUCACCAAAAGAAUAAAUGCGCUUUUCAAAGGACGUUGCGUUAACUCUUAUGAACCACGGAUGGAACGAACGAACUGAAGGGAAAUCUCUGAUAUAAGACUGAUCACAUGAAUCAUGUGGGGAACUAAGAUAAGCUUCUCGGUGUGUGGAUAUCUGGAUAUGUAAGGAAGAAUUAGUUUGUGAAUACAAUGGCUAGAACGUUUGUUAGGAUAUAUUUUGAUCAGUUAUGGACUGCGAUGAAGAUGAACUGGUCAAGCUAGAAUUUUUUCUGAAAUUUUAAUGACAUGAACUGAAUGACCAUCAUAUUUGUCCAACCGAAUGACCGUCAAAUUUGUCCAACCGAAUGGCCAUCAAAUUUGUCCAACCGAAUGACCAUCAAAUUUGUCCAACCGAAUGGCCAUCAAAUUUGUCGAACCGAAUGACCAUCAAAUUUGUCCAACCGAAUGACCAUCAAAUUUGUCCAACCAAAUGGCCAUCAAAUUUGUCCAACCGAAUGGCCAUCAAAGAUAGUAAACGUAACCUAUAUCAACUAGAAUCUAAAUUCUGCGAGAUUCAAAUCAUUGCUAUAAACAUUUUCAACUAUUUUAUUGCGGUAAUUCUUCGUAAGAGAUCUAAGAACUGCUUUUAAAGACACAAAUGCCCGUGAGAGAUAAUCUGAUCAUCUCAGUUAGUCUGUGCUUAAUCCGCGCAGCUACGCAAUAUCCAUCUAACAUUUAUUUAAUCAAGAAAACCAAGUGGCUAUGUCUGGAACAAUAGGAGCUCUAAUGAGAAUAGUGAUGUGGGAUGCACUCGAUAGAAUUGAGCGGUAGAUAUUUGUUAUGACUUUUCCGGGUUUUUUUGUUGUUUUUUGUUGCUUUUUUGUUGUUGUUGUUGUUGUUUUGUGUUUUUUUUACGUUUAAAGGCAUUAGUCUUUUGACGUUACCAAAUUUACACCUACUUCAUUCUAUUUUUUUUAAAAUUAAUGGACUGUAAUGAUCAGAUUCGAAAUACUCUAUAACUUGGCGAAACUUCACUUUUUUUUUUUUUUUUUUACAUAAAAAAACCACCAGGUGUAUGCCCCGCUUUUUAAAACAUUUUGUUUUUUUUUUUUUUUUUUUUUUUUUUUUUUUUUUUUUUUUUUUUUUUUUUUUUUUUUUUUUUUUUUUUUUUUGUUUUUUUUUUUUUUUUUUUUUUUUUGUACAUGAAAACACCACCAGGUGUAUGACACGCUUUGUAAAACCAGAGUAGCUUGCCCGUGGUUGAGCAGAGUAGCUUGCUUGUGGUUGAGCAGAGUAGCUUGCCCGUGGUUGAGCAGAGUAGCUUGCUUGUGGUUGAGCAGAGUAGCUUGCCCGUGGUUGCCGCCUACUUUUACCAAGUUGGGUCGGUUCCAAACUCAUGUUUGUUGUUUCCAAACUCGAUUCCACGAGUUCAGUAGGGUUAAUUAAAACAGACUCAAAUAAAAUGUAUACUUUUACGCUGAAUAAUUUCUUUCCUCUCAAUUAACUGUGACGUCAUCUUUACUCUCCAAAUUUCUUUUUUUAUUCCUUCGUCAAUGUAUCCCAUACCUUUUCUAUACUCAUGACACCUUUUUCCCUACUAUCACAAUCAAGCCGUUGCAAAAAAUAAUUUAACAAAUUAUAUAAAAAAAUCUGAGCCCUGAUUAUCUUCGCCAUAAGUAUAAAGAUAAUGCGUACCAAACUCACUUGCAUCAGCCAUACCAAAUUUACACCAAAUAUAACUGCCUUACCUCACAUCAGCCAUACCAAAUUUAUUCCAAAUAUAAGGGCCAUACCUCACCGAAUGUACACCAAAGAAACGACCAGCUUACCCAAGUCAGACCCAAGCCCUCAAUGUAACUAAAGAAUCCCACAUCUAAAACCCUUUAUAAAGGUUGCAAGAUGCAAAGCUGAACACUCGAUGAUGACAAUCGGGGAUAAGGAUCUAUCCCACAGGGGAGACAAUAAAUUGUGGUGAAAACUGCUGACACUGUCCUGAAAUAGAUAUGCCAAGUAAUGUAAUGAUGUACGUGGGGUUUAUUCAAACUGCGCUAUACAAAGUUUUUGCUUUACAGCUACCACAAUAGUUUCGAUUUAUAAAAUAGAAUCAUGUCUUACCACAGGACAACAGUGAUGUUAAGUUCCAACCAGUUAGUCACCUAAAAUACGCCUUAUCAAAGCAAUGGACACACGUGCUUAAAACACAAUAUUAAAAAAAUACAGAAAAAUCGAUUCCACCGAAGUGGGUCAAAAAAUGGAUUACAAGAUUUGUUAACCGGGUUUCAGAAGAAAACAAACUCAAUCCAUUCUAGGAAUAUUAAAGACACACACAGAAUAAAUAUUUGAAAUAAAGUCAAAAUUUUAUUAUCUAACAUAUUUUUCAUUAUAAUUUUUUUUUUUUUUAAAUUGAUUCACAUUUCAAUAAAGCUUUGCUUUUCAUUUAUAAACCAUGUCAUACUGUCCACCUUCUAAGAAACUUGUUAAUGGUGCCAUCCCACUAUUUAAGCUUUGUAUCUUUGAUGAUAUUUUAAAAAAAAAACAACAACACAAUUUUAUUAACUCUCUUAAAUCUUAAUGCAACCCUUGCAUUUUAAUUUAAAUGUUUCAAAACUCAAGGGUAAAGCAAAUUGUAAUAACAUUAAAGCCACGUAGUUUCACUUGCGGCCAAAGGACAAGUGUAUAUCUCAAAGUUCGAGCACCCUUGUUACUGAGGGGUUCUCUCCCCCCCCACCCCCACUCCCAAGGUACACGAAUAAUAACUCAGGCUGUGUGCCACUCUCCCCCCUCUCAUCAUCUAUUAAAUAUGAUGGCUACACGCGGGGUUAGAGGAUAUUGUCUUGUACAACAAGACUACACAUAAACAUCACAAGGAGUGGUGGUGCGUGGGGGUUUCCCCAUCUCCGGAGUAAUUGUAGCUAAGAGGCUCCCGGGGGAGGGGAGGGGGGAGGGGGAGAGAGCGGGGUUUGGGUUUCGGUUGGGGUACGUGCGCAGUGGUAGAAGGGGGCGGGGUAACCAACAACAGAAAAAAAGGAAAAAAAAAGGCCUUUACUGGGGGGAAGGGGGGAGGGCUGGGGGGAAGGGGGGCAGAGAUGUGAACGCACAUUGGGGCGAUGACACGUGCUACAACUGUUAUCAGGAUAUAACUUGUUCUGUUAGCAGCUUCCACAUCAACUAGAACAACUUGUUUAAGAGGUACAACUGCGGGAAUAGUUUUAACUUAACAAGCUACGUGGCACACCCAUUAACCUUGACGAUAGUAUAUUAUAUCUUCAAUCAUCCAGCUUGCUUUAUAAUGAAAUACAUAUCCGUUUAGGAAUGAAGUAAAUGUGGAGCCAAUUACGGCACGAGACAUGAUAAUUCUUCGUUACCAUAGAAUCAGACAAAAACAUUCAAAUUUGAAAAAUUAUAUAUACUAGAUAUAGCCCGCCCAACAUUGGCGACAGCAAUGCGUGAACUUCCCAUCUAGUGAAGUUACUUGACAAACAUGAACUCAAGUAACGCACAUUUAAGAAUCCCAAUAUUUGCUACACCCCUCCCCCCAUGAUACGUCACUGCACACUUUUUAUUUCUCGCCCAUGAACUAUAUUAAUAUUCUCAUAUCCCAACCACUUUUACACCGAAUAUUUUUUACACAACACUUAAAUUGAGACGAUUUCAUUUCCGAAAAGAAAAUAUUAUGCACCAAACGCAAUUGCGUUAUUAAAAAAAAAAAAAAUAUAUAUCAUUUUGCCUAGUUAUCGGGAAUUACAUUUUGCGCGCUAGUGAACUCAUUAUUGAACCACGCUCUAGCGUAUCUAUAAAUAGCCUGCUUGGUGUUUGACCCAUCUUGUUUACCUUUGCUGGCAAAUUAUAUAUUAUAUAUAUAUAUAAUAUUUUAAACAAUUGAUUUUUGUUUCGGAAAUUGAAAGGCAUUACUUUUCCACCCUAUUGUUCAGCUAAAAGUAACACAUGAAUUAGAAAUAUAUAUUUUGCCAUGUCCAUUUCAACUUUUGGCAGCAUACAAGAUAAGGCUGAGACACUCGUCUGAUCUAAACGUCAUUUACAAAUGUAUUGGAAGUCUUUGAUUCAUUGUAUGAUUGCUGGAAUGAGGGGAGAAUUAGUGAAGAAUGAUGGGAGAAUCAGUUGUAAAUAAGGGAGAAUAAGUGAAGAAUGAUGGGAGAAUCAGUUGUAAAUAAGGGAGAAUAAGUGAAGAAUGAUGGGAGAAUCAGUUGUAAAUAAGGGAGAAUAAGUGAAGAAUGAUGGGAGAAUAAGUUGUAAAUAAGGGAGAAUAAGUGAAGAAUGAUGGGAGAAUCAGUUGUAAAUAAGGGAGAAUAAGUGAAGAAUGAUGGGAGAAUCAGUUGUAAAUAAGGGAGAAUAAGUGAAGAAUGAUGGGAGAAUAAGUUGUAAAUAAGGGAGAAUAAGUGAAGAAUGAUGGGAGAAUCAGUUGUAAAUAAGGGAGAAUAAGUGAAGAAUGAUGGGAGAAUCAGUUGUAAAUAAGGGAGAAUAAGUGAAGAAUGAUGGGAGAAUAAGUUGUAAAUAAGGGAGAAUAAGUGAAGAAUGAUGGGAGAAUCAGUUGUAAAUAAGGGAGAAUAAGUGAAGAAUGAUGGGAGAAUCAGUUGUAAAUAAGGGAGAAUAAGUGAAGAAUGAUGGGAGAAUCAGUUGUAAAUAAGGGAGAAUAAGUGAAGAAUUGGGAGAAUCAGUUGUAAAUAAGGGAGAAUAAGUGAAGAAUGAUGGGAGAAUCAGUUGUAAAUAAGGGAGAAUAAGUGAAGAAUGAUGGGAGAAUCAGUUGUAAAUAAGGGAGAAUAAGUGAAGAAUGAUGGGAGAAUAAGUUGUAAAUAAGGGAGAAUAAGUGAAGAAUGAUGGGAGAAUCAGUUGUAAAUAAGGGAGAAUAAGUGAAGAAUGAUGGGAGAAUCAGUUGUAAAUAAGGGAGAAUAAGUGAAGAAUGAUGGGAGAAUCAGUUGUAAAUAAGGGAGAAUAAGUGAAGAAUGAUGGGAGAAUCAGUUGUAAAUAAGGGAGAAUAAGUGAAGAAUAUUGGUAGAAAAAGGGGAUAACAAGUUGAUAUUAAGUGGAUAAUAAGGGGAGAAUAAUGGGAAAAUAAUGGGAGAAUGAUGUGAGAACAAGUUUAUAUUAAAUGGAUAUAAGGGGAGACUCAAGCGAGACUCGGGGGAGACUAAUGGAAGUAUAAGAUCGACUUAAAAAAAAACACUAUAAAAACAAUGGCCAUUAAUUAGCUGUUAUAUUUUUUUUUUCCUUUAAAAAUCAGACACAUUUUAUAAUAGUAAAAUGAUUUGUUCAACUUCUUCUUUGUGUCCAGCAAACUGUCUUUAUUGGUGGUGACCAGUGGCUUAGCUAAGGUUAGUGCCGCCGGGGGGGAUGCCAAGCUUUUUACCGCCACUCCUAUCAAGGAAAAAUCUCUCCAGUUGGCCGAAAGUAUCGCCCGUCCGUAGCCCCCUUCCCAUGCCACUGAUAGUGACUAGUAUAAAGAAGAGCAAAAAUGUGCCAGUGAAAUCUCUGCAGUAAACUACUCCCUAGAAUAGUGAAAACUCUAAGCACAUGGUCACAUAGCAUCCUAAGAUGUGCUGGUCAUCCAUCUGUAAUGCCCUCUAACGUGCGCAAACAAAUUUCACGUACCUCUACCGUGAGGCUUAAUAUUUGUAUUUAAUCUGCCAACUUUAACGUAACCAACUUUCAUUUUUUUUGGUGUACAAACUACGAUGUUUAAUCAAUUGCCGAAUUGACAUCAGACAAUCAAUUGCCGAAUUGACAUCAGACAAUCAAUUGCCGAAUCGACAUCAGACAAUCAAUUGCCGAAUUGACAUCAGAUAAUCAAUUGCCGAAUUGACAUCAGACAAUCAAUUGCCGAAUUGACAUCAGACAAUCAAUUUCCGAAUUGACACCAGACUUCGGACUGGGUUUAAAAAAUAACAAAAAAAUAAUCUAGUGUUUUCGUUCUCCCCAAGUAUAACAGCCCACUUGAGUACAUUCCACCUACACCAAAUAAAUUCUAACUUCAUACCAUUGUACUACAUCGCCUUCAUGUACCUCUAGUUAUUCCAGUUACAUAUUUUUUUUUAAUUUUUAAACAUGCUAUAAGAGAAAAUCUACUUUUUUUUUGCAUUGAAUUAUCUAUUAAUUAAACUUAAUCAAACUAACCAUACAGUGGCGUCUCCCUCUUGGCUUAUUUGCAUUGCCUUUUUUUUUUUCAAACGUUACAUAUUAUAAAAUAUUAUUCUCACACAUGUACCUUAUUCUCCCCACAGCUCCAACGCCCAUGUCGGCCCGGAACCUGCCGCCCUCGUUCUGGAACAGUUCCUACCAAUACAACUCCAACCACUUAUUUACUCAAGGCGGCUCCCAGUACCACGGCCAUGGCGGAGGCAGCGGCGGCCCCAGCGGUAGCGCCAGCGACAUGAACCCUUUCCACAGCAGCCACCCUUACCUGUCUCCGGCCCUGCACGGCUUAUCCAACCUCCCCGCUGAUCCCUGGGCCUACAGUUUCCCCUCCCCCUCCCCCGCCAUGCCCUACCCUCACAGACCUGUCCCGUACGACCUCAGCUACCCGGCCACCAGCAGGUGAGUGUCAUCGUGAGAAGUAAACAAGCCUGGUGUCUACUCCAUCAAAGUCUGUUUGUUGGGAGAACGCUGGUGGGGGGAGAAAUGAGAAAAUAGACAUUUUGUUUUCCUUCAGCGAGAUUUCAAGACAAAAUAACAAAAUGACGUAACCUCAAUUAACUGAAAUACAAAAACAUUUUAAAAAUCCAAAACAUAAAAAUAAAUACAAAACAUAAAAUAUAUCUAAUGACAGAUAAUAUUUUAUAAUUGUAACAAUUAUAUUUAUGACCAUCGUUAUGAAAUAUAUUUUAUUUUAUUAAUUUUUUUUUUUUAAAGGAAAAAUAAUCAUAUCAGUUAAAGUUAAAAAAUUCAAUGUAUUCAGGCUUGUCAUCCAGGUUGCUUUUUAUUGAAUAUUUAGUUGAAAACAAAUCUAAGAAGUGUGUGAAUUUGAUAAAAACUAAGAAAACAUAAUUGAUACUAUUUCAUGAAUAGUUUUGGAAUAUCCUUUUAACAGUUUGCAAACAGGCAAUAUAAUCUGUUAUCUUAUUUUCAGUUAUGGAGGGUGGACAGACAAUUUGGCCCGGAGAGUAAUUUCGCCACGGCAUUUAUUAGAGGCUAUUUAUUAUAAUAAAGGUGUGUCUCUCUCAUCACAGGUUCAGCCAAAACUACAGUUCCUUCUUAAUGCAGCCAUCGGCCGUACGGUCAGCCCAGUUCAGCGCCAUGGCCGGACACUGUGACGUGACCAAAUCAACCGAUCAUUCCAGGUCACGCUACACUGACCACAGGUUAAGCUCCGAC